AUGGCGCAUUUCAAUCCAAGAAGUGUGGAAGAGGUUUUCUUACAAUUCAAGGGCCGAAGGGCUGCUUUACUUAGAGCUCUCACUACGGAUUUUGAUGAAGUUUAUAGGCUCUGUGACCCAGCACUAUCAGAUAAGCGUAAGCUUAGCCUUUAUGGACAUCUGGGUGAACGAUGGGAAGUGAAUGGUGCAGAAGAAGUUAUGCAUGCUGUUCUUCCUGAACCCCUUAGGGGCAUUAACUUUGCUCGAGAUAGGAUGGAAAAAAGGGAGUGGUUAGCUAUGCUUGCACAUCAUAGUGACCUAUGGCUACUUUCUGUUGCAUUCAAUUUUAGUUCAAGAUUUGGCCAUGACAAAGCUGAUAGGAAUCGGCUUUUUGGUAUGAUAAAUGAACUCCCUACCAUUUUAGAAGUUGUGUCAUCAGGGAAUGCUAAGGAACCACCAAAACUGCUCAAUGAUGACAGCAAGUAUUCAAAGGUAUAUACUAGAAGGAGUGUGGGUGUAGUGCCAACAAAUACUACACUGCUGGAUGGGAAAAAAGCAAAGCCUUCCGUUUCUGCAUCGAGAAAGUGGCCAACACCACCACCGCCAAGAGUAUGUGGAGAAUGCAAUGAGGGGUAUAUAGUAGGAGAUUUGUGGAAGAGAUGUUUAGAAUGCCAACGCUAUUUCCAUUUGAUGAAAUGCCUCAAGUUCACCAAGGAUCAGCAUCGUGCUCCGCUAUUUGGAUCCAAGACAGCAGUGGCAGCUAUCAGAAGCUGUAAAACCUCGCUUUCUCCUCUGUUCGUUGCAAUCAUUGAAACCUUUAUGGAGUUCUAUGAAUCAGUGGCUUCAAUUCCUCAGGAUAUGGACACAGAUUUUGAAACUUGGCUCUCCCAAAUUUGCAACACUGGUGACGAAGGCCAUGUCAAAAGCAUUAUGGCACUAUUGUGGUCCAUUUAG